AUGGGCAGCAUGCCGUCGUUGCGGCGACAGCACCUCCUGGCCGAAUUUGCUGGUCUGAAGCAGGCUUGUCCGGAGGGGGUCUUUGUGAGCUUGACGCCAGGAGACCCGAUGCUAUGGUCCGGCGUCAUGUUUGUGAGGCACGGACCCUACGCUACGGCUAUCCUGAGAUUUCAGAUUUCGUUCCCAGACACAUAUCCUCGACUACCGCCACUGGUCACUUUUUCAACAGACAUUUUCCACCCCCUAAUCACACCAUUAACCACGUACAUGUACACCACCGACAUUCAGGACAACGGCACGGUAAGCGCCACCGACGCAGAGCGCCUACCGCCCGGAGGUUUCAGUCUACGACAUGGGUUUCCCGCUUGGUUUGGGCGGGGCAGCAAAAGCAACGCGGGGAGCCGACAGGUCAGCGGCCAGCAGCAACAACAACCGCCCGCGACGCCUGCCAGAGGCGGUGGGGAGCCACCCAGCACUACGUCGACGCCGAGCUCAAAGGCGACGCCUCUCGGAGGACGGCCUGGGUAUCUCGACACUUCGAGGCGAGAGGUCUCCACGUACGAGGUCUUGCGAUAUAUCCGGAGCACGUUCGAUGACGAAAAGGUGCUAGACUCGGUGCCUCUCGAAGCUGCGGGAAACCCCGGCGCGUGGCAUGCGUGGCGGACACGUCAGCGACAGACGGGCAAGAGUUUUCCUGGCGAUCCGGUACCGCAGGAGAAGAGUGAAAAGGAGCAAGAGAGCGACAAAGUGGCAGAGGCUGCUGAUGGUGCUCAGGAGAAGAAGGAAGGCGAAGCGGAAGGGGAAGAAAAGGUGGAGGAGGCGCCGCCUCCGCUGCCUGAGAGGAAGCCUUCCACCAGCGGGAGUGUUCACUCCAUUGUUAGGAAACCUAUCGGUAGUGCGCCUUCCGUCUCCAGAAAGCCUGGGGAAUGGAAUUGGGAAGGCGUUUGGGAGGAUAGAGUACAGAAAGGCAUCGCGACGUCCCUGUCUGAGGCGGUCUUGUACGGGGCGACGUCGGGUGGUGAUGACCUGAUCAACUUCCUUGCAAUGGAGGAAGGCGACGUGGACGCUAUCAUCAUUCCAAGACGUCAGAUCAUCACGUACAUUACUUACCGUCUCGUUGCUUCGACUAUGGGCCUCUCAACUCCCGUAGCCGCAGUUCUCAUCGUUCUCGUCACCGUCGUACCCAUGCUACUCAUCGCAGGCUUCACCGCCCGCUUCAUCUCACGCAACUUCAGGGACGCAGCCGGUGCCAUCGAACCCAAGCCAGCGAGACGCUGGUUCGGCCUCCGACGCGUCAAAUCGAACGACAGCGCCACCACCAGCCUCGCAACCAACACGCUACGCUACGCCGACUCGUGGCCGGAUCUCGAAAGUCUCAGGACGUACCAGGACACGCCGACACCUUCGAUCCAGCGCGGCAUCCACGAGUCGUUUGAGCUGGAGUUUCUCGCCAACAAGGCGGAGGACGGAUCGGAGAGGGGCGGUCCCGAAGUCCCGCAGCCGCUCAAGGUUCUCAAGAGACUCGGGCGUGGUUCUGGAGGGGAGUCCCGAGGAGAUGCAAGCGGCUCGCGAUCAGUUGCCGAGACUGACGAGGGUGUAGACGGUGUCCCGGGACCGUUUGGCGAGUCACUCGUUGUGAGGAAGAAGCGAGGGAACCAUGGGACCGGGAAGAUGCCUCGUUCGAAGAAUGGUGGCUAG